UGCCACGUGGAAAGCGCGUUCACUUGUCGCCUUUGCAAGAACAGUGCAACACACAUAAUGAACAGUGCUUUUUCAGCAUCGCAGGUUAGACCAAAUCUGCCACUCAGAAGACCUGCAACUGGUCCUGGUUUAGUGACCCCAAGCAACCAGAUCCCUGUGUUUAAUAAUCAUGGAACCUCUCAAGAGCGCUCUCUGAUGAUUGGCAGUUUAGACGCUUUUAAAGCUGAAGCUGGCAGAAAUGAGAAUGAUUUGGUGGCAGCGAUGGAAAAUGGUGGUAGAGCCUCACUCAUGUCUCCUGCAUCACUGACAGUGAAGCUGUGCAAUUACUGCAGUAAGCAAGGAAAUCUCAGAUGCACCCGCUGCAAAAAGACCUGUUACUGCUCUGUAGCCUGUCAGACUGAAGACUGGAAGGCCCAUCGGCAUAUAUGUAAACCAUGUGCUCCAGAAAACAUUAUAAACAAUAAACCAAAAGAGUCGACCUUGCCUUGUGAUAACGAGUCCACUGUAUCAGAACCUAAGCCAAGGAGAAUUUUCCUGGGAGAUUUACAUAAGCAUAACAUCUCCAAGGAAGAUAAAUUGCAGGGCUCUGUGGUGGAGCUAAAGAAUCCUGGGAAGUUCUUCAUUCAACUCCAGACAGUGGAGAACACUGAGAACUUGAAACACAUUACCAUGGAGCUACAGAAGUGUUACAGUAGUUUGUAUGCAGUGGAGUACAAGCCUGAAAUGGGGGAAAUCUGUGCUGUUAAAUUCUCUCUUGAUCAGAACUGGUACAGAGGUAAAGUGGAGGCUGUGAAUUUGGAUCUUCACACGGCAAACAUUCUCUACAUAGACUAUGGAAAUGAAGAAGUUGUUGCAUUGAACCAGCUUCAUCCUCUGGCAGAGAAUAUUAACCCUGCACCACCAUGUGCUUUACAGUGCAGUGUUGCUGGAGUAACGGCAGUCACAAGCAGUUGGACGGGUGAAUGUUGCAUUGCAGUUAGACAGCUCGUUGCUGGAAAGAAUUUGACUUUCACUGUGUUGGAUUUUUUAAAUGACGACACGGUUCUUGCUGUAGAUGCUCCUCUCACACUUGGUAAGAACCUGAGUACUUUUCUAAUUGACCAGGGUUAUGCCAUGCAAGAUGUGAUCCCUGCUUCACCCCAGACUAAGCCAGAUAUCAAUUCUUUGAUGAAUGCAUCAUUUGAGAACUUCAAAUGUUUGUCUGGUGGAAAAAUUGAGAAUAUUGAGGCUCAGCCACCAGAACCGUUGAGCCAAAGGGUGGGUGACACCUUCACAGCUAUUGUUACCCACCUUCAGUCCCCUUCAGAGAUCAUCUGCCAAAAGCUGGAGAAUGCAAGUAUAAUUCAGCAGUUACAGAAUCGUCUGAGAGACCACUGUACUAAAACGCAGGCCAGUGAGAACUUCAGACCUGCUCCUGGAACUGUCUGCUGUGCUCUCUUCUCAGAGGACAACCAGUGGUAUAGAGCAAAAAUACUGGCAUAUUCUUCAAAGACUCAUGUGUGUGUAGGUUAUAUAGACUUUGGGAACUCUGAAGAGGUGAUGUUAAGUCACUUGCGUCCUUUAAGUGUGGAGCUGUUAUCUUUGGCAACUCAAGCCAUUCCAUGUGCUCUAGCAGAUAUAAAGCCAACCACAGAUGGAUGGUCAGAGGAUGUAGUAAUGGUGCUAAAACAGUUAAUCUGCAACCGCUUCAUCCGAGUGGAAAUUCUUGGAGCGAGGGGUGGAAUGGCUUUGAUAUCUAUGGUUGAUGAGUCUAGUGAUCCUCAGACUAAUGUAUCAGAUCUACUGGUUGCUUCUGGCUAUGCAGCUGUAGGGGAGGUGGAAAUAGAAGAAGAGGAAGCUCCUCAAAGUGCAGACAAAUUGGAGUGGACUUGUGCUGAACUUCCCACUGAUGGCCAGAAGGUGGUGCUAGUGGUUAGUGUACUUGAAAACCCUGGCGAAUUCUACUGCUAUAACUACAUUGCAGAAGAUAUCCAGGCUCUGGCAGAGCUUUCCUCUGCUCUGGCUAAACACUGUGCGACUGAGGGAGCUCCUUUCAGUCCUGCUGUUGGAGAGCCAUGCUGCGCUCUUUAUAGUGAUGGGAGCUGGUACAGGGGCAUUGUGGAGAGUGUUGAGGACAAUGGAAAUGCUAAAGUCUACUUUGGAGAUUUUGGAAACACUUCUGAAAUUGAGGCGUCCGAUCUGAGAGCUAUCAAUUCCAGCCUACUAAAACUUCCUUUCCAAGCUAUACGCUGCUGGCUUGCUGGAAUUGAGCCUUUGGGGGAAACAUGGAGCAAAGAUGCAGUAUGCAAGUUUCAGUCACUGUGUGUAGGGAGGCAGCUCAGUGGCAGAGUGCUUUCCAUUACUGAGAGGGGUUACGGAGUAGAGCUGGAGAGCAACGGCCACAACAUGGCUACCAUGCUCAUCUCGGAACAUCUUGCCAAACCCUUAGGACAGGUGAAUGUACCUGCUACACAAACAGCUGGAACCACUGAACUGGUAGUAACACCUCCUGGGUACACUUGUGUCCCUGCUAUUGACUCAUCACUUACUGAGCAGCCACCCAACAGCAAUGGACAAAGUCCUGCCUCACCACAAGCAAACCUGUCAACUUCUUCAUUCACUUUGGAUUGGAAGAGUGUGGAGUUGCCUUGCAAUGAGACCUUUCAGCCACAAGUGGCAGCAGCGACCAGCCCAAGUCUCUUCUAUGUGAUGAAUCCUAAAAAAGCAGACACAGAGGGCUUGCAGACUGUCAUGAACGAGGUGGCGAGCUACUGCAGCAGACAGACUGUGCUUAACAUGAGCAUUCCAUCACCUGGAGCAGCCUGCUGUGCCCAGUUUUCAGGUGAUAAAAAUUGGUACAGAGCUGUUGUACUGGACACAACAAGCACACAUGCCAGUGUGAUUUAUGCCGAUUAUGGAAAUGUUGAAAGGGUUCCUUUCUCUAGCCUCUUGCCCAUCCCAAAAGAGCUUCUGCAGCACCCAUUUCACAUAGCAAGGUGUGCCCUUUCAGGUAAAGAAUACUUUCCGACUGUGUGGCCACCUGAGAUCCUGGAGCUCUUUAGUGUUCAGCUUAGUGGCAAGCUACUGGCCUCUGUCCAGGUUUUUGAUGGCACAUUUAACUUACUAAAUGUGACCCAGCACCUAGGCCAGGGAGGCUGCAACAUCAGCUCUAUUAUUAUGGAGGCUCUGCAGAUAGGUCCCAACAGGUCUAGCAUGGAAAUGAUGACCCUGAACACUCAGGCACUUGCACAAGGAACGACGCAAGCUGGUGGCACCGACACAGGUCACAAUUUACCUGCAGACACACAGAAACCUGAACCUCAACAUCAAGAUACAGCUCCCACUUCCUGCUGCUGUGCUGUUCUUGAACAAAAGAUCACUAAAAUUGAGGAGUUAGUGCUUCUUCUCAUUAAGCAAAUUGGUGCAACACAAAAGUAAUGUUUGUAAAUCGUUUCAGGUGUUUCUGAGCGUUGCAAGCCAUGUAUAGUGGAAUUAAGUUGUAAUUCAAGUUUUGUUACAGUUUUGCAGUUUAUUAUACUGUAUCUUUUUACAGUAGGGCAUUUGCAUAAGAGUAGUUUACAUUACAAAUGUAGAAAUCAAGGCCAGUGUUUAGUAUGUUUAAUUUUUUUGUUACUAAAAGCAUUUAGUAAAGGACACCGCAGGUCAAAUCAUUCAAAGUUCAGCUAGCAUCUCUACUGUUUUCCUCUGGUUCUAACUUAACCUCACUUUUGUCUAUUCUACUUUUGCACAAGCAUUCUUGUUUGAAGGUAGUUCUGUGCCUGAUUUGUGCAAUUUUAGUUGCAGUUUUAAUAAAGUUAUUUGGAUA